AUGGUUUUGAUUAGUCAUUCCGAUAUGCACGAUGACGAUGGUCUUCCUCAGACAUACGGAUGGCUUGUCAAACAUUCCCACUAUUUACCGAUAUGGGCGGAUUGCCGGGCGGAAUCCUGCACUACGGCCACGAAUAAGCUUAUAAAUACGUCCACGGCAUUGCUUACUGCUGUACUUAUUAGUUUAACCGAUUAG